AUGACAGAGGUGGCUAAAAUAGAGUGGAGAAGAAGGUUGCCUCUGCCAGAGCAGACCUUCAUGGGCUAUUGGACAAUUGGUCAGUCAAGAAAUGGAAUGCAAAAACUAUUGUGUCCGGCAGAAACUCAUCAUAUAGAUGUAAAGGGUCCAGCACUUAUAAACGUACAGGAGUAUCCAAUAGAAAGACAUGAAGGAAGAUCCCAAACCUUUACUGAAGAAUGUGCCUCCUGAAAGUUACCAUUGGAUGAAAUUACCUUAAUCUGCGACAUCGCUACAUCACAUGAAAAUGAGGAAAAUACUCUCUAUGUAGUUGCAUGCAAUCCCGUUUCCUUAUACUUUAUGAAUAUGACUGGGAAAAGUGGCUACUUUGUGGACCUUUUUGACAUCUUCCCAAGAAUGGCCAGUGGAGUCUGGUACCCAUUUGUGACAGUGGCUCCGCUGAGAAAUCCCCUCAAGGGUCAAGUAAUUCUCCAUGAGCAGCAGAGCAAUGUGAUCCUGUUGCUGGAUACCACUAGCCAAGCCCUUCAUCGUCUCAUCCUACCUUCGGAAGAGUUUACACUUAAGAAAACUUCCUGGUGGAACAAGGAGGAAGCUGAAACUUACAAAAUGUGUAAAGAAUUUGUGCACAAAAACUGGCUAGUAUUCUACAAAGAAAAAGGGAAUACCCUGGCUGUGCUGGAUGUUCUAGAAGGGCGAACUCACACCACCUCACUUCCCAUCAACCUCCAGACAGUGUUUCUCGUUGCAGAAGACAAAUGGCUUCUGGUGGAGAGCAAAACACAUCAGAAAUAUCUUUUAACUAAGCCUGCACACGUCGCAUCUGAGGACAGUAGCGUUUGCCAGUUGUAUGUGCUGAAAGAGGAGCUGCCUAGCACAGGGUUUGCAGUCACACAAGAAACAGACUUCAGCAUACCUCAUAAGAUUUCAAGUCAUCAACUAUCAUCUGAAAAUCUGAGUUCAGCUGUGGGACAAAAGAUUGCCUCUCCUAACCGAAUUCUCUCAGAUGAGAAUAGUUAUGCUACAGUCGUUGUUGGUUUCCCAGAUCUCAUGUCACCUAGUGAAGUUUAUUCUUGGAAAAGGCCAACAUCUUUGCAUAAAUCAAGGGUCACUGAUACAUUCUAUGGAGGGAAGAAGAAAAUUGGAACUCCAAAGCAGAGCAAUUGUGUGACUCUUUUGGAUACUAAUCAUAGGAUUUUGCCCCCAGGAGAAAUCCCUCCGAAAGAUGUUAUCCCUCCACAAAUAGCUGGUUAUAUAGAAGUCACUGAUCUCCAAUCAAAGAGACUCCAACACAUCCCUAUUCCUGGAUCAGACUUUCUCUCACCAUAUACCACGUGGCUAUCUACUAUCUCGGACACAGAUGCACUGCUGGCUGAGUGGGGCAAAGGUGGCGUUGUCACUGUUGAUAUGGGAGGUCGCAUCUGGCUUUGGGAAACUGGACUGGAACAUCUGCAGUGGUCACUCAUGGAAUGGAGAAACAUGAUUGGACGAGAAGGUGACAGACUUAUGCAGAUAACAAUCAAUAGAGAGAGUGGUGAAGAUGUGAGUUCCCCCAAACACGGCAAGGAGGACCCAGACAACAUGCCGCAUGUGGGCGGCAGUACUUGGGCUGGCGGCACAGGGGGAAGAGACACUGCAGGUCUGGGCGGCAAAGGAGGUCCUUACCGGCUGGAUGCAGGCCAUGCAGUGUACCAGGUCUCUAAGGCUGAGAAAGAUGCGGUUCCUGAGGAGGUGAAGAGAGCUGUGAGAGAGAUGGGCCAGAGAGCGUUUCAACAGAGGCUAAAGGAGAUCCAAAUGAGGGAAUAUGAUGCCGCAACCUAUGAAAGGUUUUCAGGGGCUGUUCGACAGCAGGUGCACUCCCUCCGAAUUAUCCUGGAUAAUUUACAGGCUUAAUGUAAAGAAAGACAGUGGCUAAGACACCAAGCUACUGGGGAACUAGAUGAUGCCAAGAUCAUUGAUGGGCUGACUGGAGAAAAAUCCAUCUACAAACGCCGGGGUGAGCUGCCGCCACAACUGGGCAGCCCCCAAAAGAAACCCAAGCGCCUGCGCCUGGUGGUGGACGUGUCCGGCAGCAUGUACCACCUUAAUGGGGUGGAUGGCUGGCUUGAGCGCUCGAUGGAAGCCGUGUGUAUGCUCAUGGAGGCCUUUGAGAACUAUGAGGAGAAGUUCAAGAAUGACAUCACUGGACACUCUGGAGAUGGCUACAACAUUGCUCUAGUUCCAAUUAACAAGAUCCCCAAGGACAAUAAGCAAAGACUAGAAAUUCUCAAGACGAUGCACGUCCACGCUCAGUUCUGCAUGAGUGGGGACCACACAUUAGAGGGGACAGAACACGCCAUCAAGGAAAUUGUCAAAGAAGAAGCUGACGAGUACUUUGUCAUUGUCUUAAGUGAUGCCAACCUGUCACGCUAUGGAAUACAUCCUGCCAAGUUUGCCCAGAUCCUGACAAGCAACCCUCAAGUAAAUGCUUUUGCCAUUUUUAUUAGAUCUUUAGGUGAUCAAGCAGCCAGGCUUCAGAGAACUCUACCAGCUGGCCGGUCUUUCGUUGCCAUGGAUACCAAGGACAUCCCUCAGAUUUUACAACAGAUUUUCACCUCCACCAUGUUGUCCAGUGUUAAGAAGUGCCCUUUAUCAUCCCGAUGACCCUGGGAUUUGAAAUAUGCUAGGAAGAAAGAGUAUUCUGAAGAAAAGAAGAGGUCUAUAAAGUGCCCCCGACUGAUGACUGGAUAAUUCUGGCAUUCCCGGGCCUUCCUGCGCUUGCUAAGUAAUCAGAGUUCAGAGAAGC